AUGAACACAUCCGAUCAAACCUGUUUCUUUUUGGACAUACAUUUGGACCAAACGAGAGAAACGUUAACAACUAAUAUCAUAGUAUGUUUUGUCAAUUCAGUGUUUUCAAUCGUAACAUGUAUUGCAAAUGCUGUUACUCUUCAUGUGAUCCGGAAGACGCAAGAACUUCAUUCGCCAUCGUUCUUCCUUCUGUUUGUCUUGGCUGCUUCAGAUCUCCUCGUUGGACUGAUUUGUCAGCCAUCUUUCGUAGGGCUCAAGAUAGCUCAACUUGGGAAUGACUUUAGUGUGUAUUGUACCAUGGGAAUGGCUCAUGUCAUAUCCAGUUGGACAACCUCUGGCGCUUCUUUGUUAACUUUAAGCGCAGUCUCUAUCGAUCGUCUUCUGGCUCUAACCCUGCAUCUACGAUAUAACACGAUUGUCACUGUUCCUCGCGUCUUUCAAACUGCUUUUUGUCUGUGGGUGUUUGCUAUAACUGUCGUAAUGCUGAGAUUUUGGAUAAAAAACUGGCUUGUGUUUCCUCUGGUAAUAAUACUUUUGACAUUUUUUGUUACGACCUUGAGUACCUUACAGAUAGUUCAAAUCGUUCGGAGGCAUCAGCGCCAGAUAACACAGCAACAGGAGAGUGUUCAAAGUAACACGAUAAACGUGUUCAAAUGCAGAAAAUCUGCUGUGACUGUCCUUUAUGUUUACGGUUUGUUCGUGAUAUUCUAUCUUCCAUUUUUUAUUACUAUGCUUGUCGAAACAUUUACUGGAUACACAAAAGCAAUGAAGAUUGCCUAUGAUUACGUUUCAACUGUGGUUUUUAUCAACUCUUUCUUGAACCCAGUUGUGUACUGUUGGAGAAUCAGAGAGAUGAGACGCGCCGUUAAGAACGUAUUCAGGAUGAACCAAAAUGUGGUUACCUCUCUGGAAAGCAGAACAAUGUCGAGACAAUAAGAGUUCCUGGCUUUCUAAUAGUAUACGUACAGCCAGCAAAAUUAUGAAAGCAGUCCAAUUAUUUCGAUGUAGUAAAAUUUCCAUUUCUUAGAUUGGUUACUAAGUUUACCACCUCUGUCAUCUUGGCAAGUAGACAUGGCCGACAGUUGCUGAAUGAAAUUUUCAUUUAUUCGAAAGAUAUUACUUCAAGUCUAGGAUAUUUGAAUGCAUGGGGAGUUUUCAACAAAAUGACUUCUGUCGCUCUUGGACCAAAAAUGUUUUUCAAGAGGUCAUAUUUAAGGUAUUUAAGAAUGGUAAACGCAGUGGUUUCGUCGGAACUAUUCAUUUUUGGGCGAUGAGUACAGCUGUGAAUGAAGACAACAACGAUAAAACAAAAGUACCGAAUGAUGUUUUUUCUUUCGUAGUGUUUUUCUUGUUUUUUACUGCCUAACUCGAGUAGUUAAUUGAUUAAAAUCGAUGUACAGUUAUCCUUAAUUUUAACUUACUGAACUAUGGCUGCAUACGUGUGUGCAAACGAACAGUUGUUUCUGUGUGUUUUAGUCCGCUGUUUUAGUUCGCUUAUUUCUAGUCCGUCUUGGAUGCCCACCUCUGAAAAACAUAGUCAAACAAAUUAUUCGCCACAGCCAUAGGUGAGAAUUUACCUCGACUUCGUUCCGGUAAUAUUCAUAAAUUUUCACUUCGCCUCCGGCGAAUAACUGUUAAACGAUUCUUAAAUAGUACCUC